AUAGUUUAAUAUAAGCAUUAAUAGGUUGCCCAUGUUCGAGCUGAAAGAGACAUUUUAGUUGAAGCUGAAAACCCGUGGGUUGUGAAGAUGUUUUAUUCCUUUCAAGAUCUUUACAAUUUGUAUCUUAUCAUGGAAUUUUUACCUGGAGGGGAUAUGAUGACACUUCUGAUGAACAAGGACACUCUAACAGAGGAACAAACCCAGUUUUACAUUGCCGAAGCUGUACUUGCAAUCAAUUCAAUACACGAACUUGGAUUUAUACACAGGGACAUAAAACCUGACAACCUACUAAUAGAUGCGCGAGGGCAUAUUAAGUUAUCUGACUUUGGUUUAUGCACUGGAUUAAAGAAAGCACACAGUACGGAUUACUAUAGAGACCUUACACAAGCUCAGCCUAUUGAUUUUACAACACGACCAUUAAACGCAAACGAUUCUCGAAGAAAGGCGGAAACAUGGAAAAGCAAACGUCGAAAGCUCGCGUACUCAACAGUAGGCACACCGGACUACAUUGCUCCUGAAGUUUUCCAACAAUCUGGAUAUAAUUUAAGCUGCGAUUGGUGGUCAUUGGGGGUCAUAAUGUACGAAUCACUUAUAGGUAAAUGCACUAAUAAUAAUAAUAACUUUUUUUGUCUCUUCAAUUACGGU